UCCAGCGUGACAGAAAAGUAAACGUACAAGCUAUAAAUCAUUCAUUCAUAUCAUAACAUAACAAGUUUUUGCGUAAAACAAUGUUAAUGAUAUGGUUGAAGUUCUGAAGUCAUCCUUUGAAGGAAUCUUGCCAGUUAUAGAGGCAUGCAUCAAGGAUUGCUCAUUUAUUGCAAUUGAUACAGAAUUUACAGGACUAUCAAGCAAUGAGUUGAACAAAAACAGCCUGUUUGACGAUGGAGCAGCACGUUACAUUAAGCAAAAAGAUCACAUAAAGCAGGUGACUGUGUCACAGAUUGGUAUUUCAAUUUUCACUGAAGUUCCAAAGGAAAACAGGUAUGAAGCAUCUACCUUCAACUUCUUCUUGUUCCCAGUCAGCAUUGGCCCGGUGGAUGUGCGAUUCACUUGUCAGUCGUCGUCCCUGCGAUUUCUUUGUCAGCAUAAUUUCGAUUUCAAUAAGUUUGUGUAUGAUGGCAUACCAUACUUGAAUGAGGAGCAGGAGAUACUAUUUCACCAGGCAUUGGAUGACUCUUUGAUGGUUUUUGAAUCCGAAAACAACUUUGAUAGAAGAGAAAUGAAAUUACUGAGCACAACGAUCGCUGAAUGGCUUGCAACUGCGAAGGAAGAAGAUACCAUCAGACUAGAGAAACCGGCCGGUGUUUCGGACUACUCGAUCUACACUCAGCUGAGACAGACGUUCCCUGGUAUUUCAAUCUGCUGCAAGGAUGACACCCACGUGGAAUGUCAAAAGUUAGAAGAAUCCAAACGAAUAAGCAAGCAGCUAGAUGAGCAGGAGAAGGAAAGGAUACUGGACGGCAUCUUGGGCUUCACACGUGUGUUUCGCCUGAUGGUCAAGCACCGCAAGCCCCUGAUCGGCCACAACUGUAUGAUGGACCUCAUGUUCAUCUACGAAAAGUUCUACAGGCCACUGCCUGACAAAUAUGCAGACUUCAAGAGAACACUGAACGAGCUUUUCCCAUUUUUGAUUGACACGAAACAUGUAUCGUCACACCUGAGGCCGCAAUUUAAAGAAACUGAAUUGUUCAACAAUACAGGUCUGAUGAAUCUCUACCAAGCCUUUUCGAGCAAAGAAGGAAUGUACAUCGUACUGUUUAGCCCUUCUGUCUCGCAUUCCCACGCUUACACCAGAUACAAGAACAAGAGCAUGAUUCACGAGGCAGGCUACGAUGCCUACAUGGCUGGAUACAUUUUCGUCAGAUUGGCCCAUUUGGUUGCCAUGCAAGGGGUCAGCUCCCUGGUAGCGACUCCAUUGACACAUAGGCAGCACUGGGUAGCCAUGAAACCAUACAUAGGUGCCAUUAAUGUCAUUAGAGCCAGCAUCAACCAUAUUAGUAUUGAAGGACCUGAUCCAGUUUCUGUGAGACCAGAGUGGCUCUUAGUGCAAUCCAAGAAGCGAGCAUAUCCACUCAAGCCUCUGCAGUUGGAAGGCAUGUUCUCUGCUUACGGGUCUGUUGAUGUUCUGCUACAAGGUAAUCGGGAAGCUCUGGUUGCCGUGGGCAACCAUCGAUGUGCCAAAGACAUCUUGACAGCGUUCAAAAGUCAUAACUGCCUCAGAGUGACCAAGUACGUAGCGUGGAAGCACUCCCCUGUAGCCAGAUCUCUACUAUGGACGAGUGCUCUGAUGUCGGGUGGCGUCUGCGCUUGGCUGGUGUGGUCGGCAUCGAAGAAGGAUAGCUAGCGAUGCUGCAAGCAAGCGCGCUGCCGUCGCCGCGUGAGGCAGUCUCCUCGCUUACCAGCCGGCCGGCAUGUCACUAGCCGCUGGCAGCCAUUCAGUGGGCAGCCAGCAAGUGUGCUACAAGCCAGUGGGCACCCAGCAAGUGGGCAGGCAGCUUGUGGGCAGCCAGCAAGUGGGCAGGCACAGUGCAGGUGCGCGUUGCUUGGCAACAAUUGUGCGUAUCUGCCGUUUCACCGCACGCGGCCGCCCAUGAUAGAAGCUGUGGCUUUCCUUAAAGUUGCCAUCAAGGCCUAUUCCAAGCAUUAAGCCUAGCGCAGACUUGCGACUUUUUCAUGCAACUCAGCUGCGAAAUUGCUGUAAAAUCACUGUGUUUGCGGGAACGUGCAACUGCAACUCGUAGCGAUUCUGGUCGCUUGCAACGAGUUGCAAGA